AUGGGUAUGCAUUAUUUGCAUACAUUAGAUGAAUACUUCGCAAAUAGUAAAAAUAGAGGUUUCAUCGAAUCGCAUAUAAUUAACCCUAAAAUAUCAAGAUGGGAUAUUCUUUUUUUUAUGUUAUUUUUUCUUUUCAUGACCGUAUUAAGAUUUUUGGUUGCAGGGGUGCAAAGUGAUAUAAUAAAUAAAGAGAGUAUUUUGUAUAAUAUAUGUAGUAAUACAUUAUUAGAUAAAUUAAAUAAAAAAUGGGAGAUAUCAAAGGAUGGACUUAUAUAUAAAUGGAAAGAGAAUUUUUGGUUUGCAUUAUGGCAUGGGUUUUCUUUUGUAUAUAAUUUUAUAUUAUUAUUAUCUAUGUCUGGCUAUUUGAAUAAUACGAAUGGGUGGAUUAAGAUGUGUUUUAAAGAAACAACAGGAAAAUGGUUUUUCUUAGUUACAGAAGAAGAAUUUAUGGAAAAUAAAAGAGGAUGGCCAUACAUGUACAUAAAUAAUUAUGUAUAUUAUUUUUAUUUAAUACAAAUGUCUUUUUGGACCUCAUGUCUUUUUUAUUUAAAAUACGAAAAAAAAAGAAAAGAUUUUUAUGUUUUUGUAUUACAUCAUUUAUCCACAAUUUUGUUGUUACUUUAUUCGCAUAUUAUGAAUUUUUGGAGAAUCGGGCUGUUAAUUCUUUUUGUUCAUGAUAUUGUUGAUGUAGCACUUUAUAUUUCGAAAACUCUGAAUUAUUCGAAUCCGAAAUAUCAAAAAUAUCUAACAACAUUUUACAUUUUAUUUGUUUUUUCUUAUUUUUUUUUUCGUAUCAUUUUGUAUCUUUUUUAUAUUGUUAUUCCUUUGAGUAAUAUGAACGUUAUUAAGACGUAUACUGACGGAUAUGUAACAUCAUAUAGUGAUAUUCCAGGUGGAGUAUUUCCAGUUUUCUUCUUGUGGCUGUUGAUGGUUAUGCAUUUUUAUUGGUUUUUCCUAAUUCUGAAGAUGACUCGAGUAUUUAUCAUAAAUUCGUCGAAAAAUGAACAAAUUCAAGAUAUACGGAGUGAUGAUGAAAGUGACACCAAAAUCAUUAAAAAGGCCCCAAGAAAGGGAAAAUAA